AUGACAGUCACCCCAUCCGAACCCGCUGCGCCGGCGCAGUCGCAGUCGCAGUCGCAAACCUCGUCCUCCUCUCCCACCAACCCACCAAAGCGCCACGAAGAAUACCAAUACCUCGAUCUCGUCCGCCAAAUCCUUGACGAAGGUGAACUCCGUGAAGACCGAACAGGAACAGGCACCUACUCCAUCUUCGCCCCGACGCCCCUAAAAUUCGCCCUCUCCCGACCUUCCUCACCUUCAUCAUCGGACCCGUCCUCUCCAAACUACACCUACACCCCGAUCCUCCCGCUCCUCACAACCAAGCGCGUCUUCACCAAAGCCGUCCUCCUCGAGCUCCUCUGGUUCAUCAGCGCCUCUACUUCCUCCACCACCCUCUCCGCCCAGGGAGUCAAAAUCUGGGACGGCAACGGUUCCCGCGCCUUCCUCGACAUGCUCGGCCUCACGCACCGCAAAGAAGGCGACCUGGGUCCCGUGUACGGCUUCCAAUGGCGGCACUUUGGCGCCGAGUACGUCGAUUGCGAGACCGACUAUACGGGGCAGGGCGUGGACCAACUCCAGCGCAUCAUCGACACUCUGAGAAAAAACCCGUACGAUCGGAGACUGAUUCUGAGUGCGUGGAAUCCCAAGGACAUGAGCCAGAUGGUGCUGCCGCCUUGUCACAUGUUUGCGCAGUUUUAUGUGUCGUACCCGGGGUCGAGGACACGGGGGGCACAGGCACAGGCACAGGCACAGAAGGAGGGGGACACACCAAAAGAGAAGCCAAGGGGUCACUUGCACUGCCAGUUGUAUCAGCGGUCCUGCGAUAUGGGAUUGGGAGUGCCCUUCAACAUUGCCAGCUACGCGCUGCUGACGCACAUGCUCGCGCACGUGUGCGAUUUGGUACCGGGGAGCUUGACUCAUGUUAUGGGCGAUGCGCACGUCUAUCUCAACCAUGUGGACGCGCUCAAGACGCAGCUGGAGCGCGAGCCGAGGGAGGUCCCGACGUUGGAGAUCAAGAGGGAGAAGGGCGGCAGUAUUGAUGGGUGGAAGGCUGAGGAUUUUGUUAUCAAGGGGUAUGAGCCACACAAGACUAUUGCCAUGGAGAUGUCUGUCUAG